AUGAGGCUUCUUAACGGAAACCGUCUCUUUACUGAGACCGGUAAAGAUAAAUACAAGCCCCAGCCCUUGGCGCUUGCCUUCGCAACCGGCGCCUCACCUAGCGAGGUGAUCAAAAACUUUCACAUGAAUCUACGGGCUACAGCAUGUGUGCCCGAAUUUCUGGAAGCUAGAGGGUACAAGACCCCGGAUGACGCCUACGAUACCCCCUUCCAGAGUGCUUUUGAUACUAAACUGCACCAUUUCGAAUGGCUGGCGCAGAACCCUGAGUAUCAGCACGCCUUUAAUACUGUCAUGGAACACGGUAACCGAACGGUAGAAGGGGAGCAGUGGUACGAUUUCUACCCCUGGGAAGAACGACUAGGCAGUGACGCAGACCGCGUGCUUCUGGUUGAUAUUGGCGGUGGCAAAGGUCAUGACCUUACCCGCUUCAAGGAAAAGAAGAAUCCCACUGGUCGUCUUAUCGUGCAGGACCUACCCGAGGUUAUUCAGGAUAUCCAGGCCCCGCUCACCGGGAUCGACGCCCAGGGCUAUAGCAUGUUUGACCCGCAGCCCGUCCGUGGCGCUAAGGCCUACUAUAUGCGUACUGUACUGCAUGACUGGCCUGAUAAGCAGGCUCUACGGGCCCUACAACGUAUUCGGGAAGCGAUGGCUGAGGAUUCUGUGCUGCUGAUUAAUGAGAAUACUGUGCCUGAGACUGGUGUUCCCCGCUUCAGUGCCAGCGUUGAUCUUCUUAUGAUGACUAUGUUUUCGUCCCUGGAGCGGACGGACAAGCAGUGGUUUAGUCUUUUGGAGCGUGCUCAGUUCAAGGUUCUUAAGGUGUGGCGAGCGGAUAACCAGGGAGUGGGAGCUAAUGCAUUGUUUGAGGCUGUUCCUGUCUAG